AUGGCGGUGAUGUGCGAGACUCUGCGUCUCAGCUUCCGAUUCGCCAAGCUCCACAUCUUCUCCAGCUUCAAGCCGAUCCCGCAAGAGGAUAUGGAGUUAAGGGCCCUUUCUGUAGCGCCGGGUGGCGAACUGGAGCCCUACAUGCCGGGCAAAGGCUGCUUUUUCGGGGCGGUGGCUCUGUACCACUUCUUCUGUGCAGGACUGGUAGUCCUGGCUGUGCUAAACUCAUGGAUUUCCGAACAUGGUGGUGGGUCGGUGUCUUGGGAGCUGUGGGCACUGUGGCAGCAGCUUUGCCUGUGGACACUCUUCGUCCAGAACUUGCUGCGUUGCUGCAUGGAGGAUGCGGAAGCCUUGCGGGCGUCCACCAUGAAAGUCGUGCUGCUGUACACAGUUCCGUGCAUCAGCGACCUUUUCGACACCAUGAAGGACUGGAUCAUUACAGGCAUUUGCUUUUUGGAGCCUCGAAAUUCAUGGGGCUGGGCCCUUGGAGUAUUGCUGGUGACUCUUGAGGUGGCCUGCCUCUGGGCAGGCCGCCUACCCCAGUGUAUCCAGCUGCAUAGCGAGAUGUCUGUGAGCCUUCCCCUGGUGCUGCUGCAAGUGCUCUAUGCCCUCAUGACGCUUGUGCUGGCAGUGGGGCCUGGCUUUGUGUGGCUGGUGGUCACCGUCUACGCGAACGUGCGUUUUGCGCUGUAUUCCUUCGUGGUGCUCCCGUUUACCAUCUUGCUCUUUGCCUUGCAUAGCGUGGUCGCCUUGGCUUUGCUCCUGCUGCAAUGGCUUGCUUGCUUGGUCGGCUUUUGUGGAAUGGCGCUAGUUGACAUUCCCAUCGCCGUGGCGUCCUUGUUCGACUCGGGACUCAUCUGGUCCUGCCUAAGAUGGGAGCGCGAACGUCUUCAGACAUAUUGCAGCAUAAGCUGGUACCAACCCAAUGUGUGGUUCAACCAGACAAACAUCACUGUGCACUCGAAGUCUUUGACAAAGACGGAUGUCGACAGUAUGUUGCACGAGCAAGAUCUGCACGAGGCGGAAUGGACCCACGCGGCGUACCUGUUUUUGGCGGACGGCGGGCUUCUGUGUGUGAUGUCCCUGUACGUGGUCAUCUAUUCCUGCGCGCAGGCGCGAGUUGACCUUUCGAUCUCAGUGGGUAGGUGUAGGGUUUAG